UCAGCUGCUCCAGCUGUCGGUCUCCCCACUCACUCUCUCUCUCAGGGUCAUACAGGCAGGAGUUUAAGGGACCACUUCUGUACGCCAACUCAGACGACCACAGCCAGCAGGAGGACACACUGGUCAGACGGAAACUGAGAGACACAAAAUUCAUCUAUACCACUGCUCUGCACAUCACAAAGGCUCGUCUUCAGGGCACUGCUACCUGUUUGAUUGUUGUGUGUGCGCGCGCGCUUGUGUGCAUGUUCCAGUCCGAUCUCCCAAUCUCCCAUCAAAUAGUGUAUUAGUAUGCAGGGUGCUUGUGUGCCAAUCUUGUGUGUGUGCAUAUGUGUGACUGUGCUCCUCCGCAGUGCGAUUUCACAGCCACGUACAGAAAGUGACACCUACACGGAAUGCACAGAUGGGUAUCAUUGGGACCCUCAGACUGAGCACUGCAAAGACAUAAAUGAGUGUGAGACCAUUCCUGAUGCCUGCAAAGGGGAAAUGAAGUGCUUCAACCACUACGGAGGGUACCUGUGCCUUCCCCGCUCUGCAUCACUCAUCCCUGCUCCAGGGCCUAUUACACCCCGUGAGCCCUUAAACCCGUGCCCUUUGGGCUAUGAGCCUCAGGGAGACAGCUGUGUGGACAUCGACGAGUGCGAGCGACACGAGCACGACUGCCAACCCAGCCAGGAGUGCAUCAACUCAAUGGGUGCUUUCACCUGUCAGUGUCCGGAUGGAUACCGGAAAGUCGGCACAGAGUGCGUUGAUAUUGAUGAGUGCAGGUACAGGUACUGUCAGCAUCGCUGUGUCAAUGUACCCGGCUCCUUCUCUUGCCAGUGUGAACCUGGUUUCCAGCUGGCAGGAAACAACCGAUCUUGCAUUGAUGUGAAUGAAUGUGAGAUGGGUGCCCCCUGCUCUCAGAAGUGCUACAACACAUAUGGCACCUUCCUCUGUCGCUGUGAUCAGGGCUAUGAGCUCGGCCCUGAUGGCUUUGCAUGUAAAGACAUCGAUGAGUGCAGCUAUUCCAGUUACCUGUGCCAGUACCAGUGUGUCAACGAACCAGGGAAGUUCUCCUGCGUGUGCCCAGAAGGAUACCGACUGCUGGGCACCAGAAUGUGUCAGGAUAUAAACGAAUGUGAAACGGGAGAGCAUCAGUGUACGGAGACACAGACCUGUGUGAAUAUCCAUGGACAAUACCAGUGCGUGGACAAGAACCGAUGCCAGGACCCUUACGUCCAAGUGUCUGACAACCGCUGUGUAUGCCCGGUCAACAACCCUGCCUGUCGAGAGCUGCCUUUCUCCAUCGUGCACCGCUACAUGAGCAUCACCUCCGAGCGCGCCGUCCCCUCAGACAUCUUCCAGAUUCAGGCUACAAGCGUCUCUGCAAGGGCUUACAACACCUUCCGCAUCCGCUCUGGUGACGAGAACGGAGACUUUUACAUCAGGCAAAUCAAUAACAUCAGUACCGUAUGCAAACAGAUCGUAGCAGCAAUGUCUCACAGCAGCCUUAAAAUGAUUAGUCCAGUCAAAGUCAUUCCCUGUUUUCCUGUUAUCAUGUUUACUGUUAUUCGGUCAUUCUUCAGUCAGUGUGUAGCAAGAGGUUUUUACUCUGUUUAGGGCGAUAACGGAUCUGUGUGACAUAUUUUCUGUCUGCCUUCAGGUGGAAUGAUUCACGCCCGGCGUCACCAGAUUUAUCUGUUUUCACCAGUUUACACCCUUAUCUUCCUCUGUUUGUCACUUUAUUCUUGUCAGCCCUGUUUCCUGUUGACAGACGUGAUUCAGUAACCACUCACAUCAGACCUCAGCACCCACGUUCCUCCUUCGCCCUCCGCCGUCGUUCAUUUACUGAUGUUCCCUAAAUCUCCCGCCACUGCCGUUCCUGAGUUUGUCACAUUGCUGUUUGUGUUUUUACUUUGUAAUUUUUUUUUUUGUUUGUUUUAAGAUUUGAACCCAAAUAAAACAAACCUUUU